AAUCAGUGUUGCUUUAGCCAAGAAUUCGCCGCGACCUAAUUCGCCGUGAUCGUCACUUCGCCAAACGUUCGUCCAAACAGCGCAUUAGCCAACCGAUUGAAUUUCUAAUGCUGGUCUGGAAUGAAAAACAGGAUACAAACUUUACCUUCAUUUGAGUUGUGCGCAUCGGAAACGUGAAACGAGCAAUCUCACUUGCCGCAUUGGAUUUCAACUACGAAUUGGCUUUAUUCCUCUCUUCUUUUUUUUUGUUGUUGUUUUGUCUGUUGUUUUGAUUUGUGAUUAAAAAACAUACCGCCUGCCUGGUGAUAAUGCCCAGCAGUGUCGCAAACGAAGGCUACAAGUAUCAGAGCAGCAUCGGCAGCCGUAAUACUUCAAGUGGAUCCCCGCCGGUGGUAGUUCCUAAUGUCGAUGUCGAUGUGGUGGAUAAAUCGAUCGCUCAACUUCAGUUGGAUACUCACCGCGCCCACAAUCAAGAUGCUGUUGUUGUCACCAACAAGCUUCGAAGUGCCUGGAAGGUGAAGGGCUCGUCACUUUCCCUCAAUACGCACAAUCGCAUUCGAAAUAUUGUUGAGGCACUCAAAAUUAAACCGAAUCCACUAAAGCCCAUGAUUCCCCUUUCCAUAGGAGAUCCCACAAUCUUUGGUAACCUGAAGGCCGCCGAUGAAACCAUGAAGGCCGUACUAAAAUCGGUGGAGAGCGGCAAAUUUAAUGGAUACGCUCAUACGCAGGGUCAUGAGGCUUCGCGGGUGGCGGUGGCCAAGUAUAGUGCACAUCAGCGGAUUGAUGGAGAUAUCGAUCCCAAUGAUGUUGUGCUUUGCAGCGGCUGUUCAGCUGCCUUGGAGUAUUGCAUCUUAGCUCUUGCAGAUCGUGGCCAAAAUGUUUUAGUACCGCGGCCAGGAUUCUGUUUGUAUCACACUCUCACCGAGGGAUUGGGCAUUGAGGUGCGCUAUUAUGAUCUUUUGCCUGAACUGGAAUGGCGUGCUGAUCUCAAACAGCUGGAGAGCCUGAUUGAUGAGAACACUGCAGCGCUGUUGAUCAACAAUCCAAGUAAUCCCUGUGGUAGUGUUUUCGAUAAAGAGCAUUUGAUGCAACUCGUCGAUAUUUGUGAGCGUCAUUACCUUCCAAUUAUUGCUGAUGAGAUCUAUGAGCACUUCGUCUUUCCAGGCUCACAUCAUGUGGCAGUUAGUAACUUGACACGUGAAGUGCCAGUGUUGUCGUGCGGUGGUCUGACCAAGCGUUUUUUGGUGCCCGGUUGGCGUAUGGGCUGGAUUAUAGUCCACGAUCAGCAUAAGCGACUGGGGAACGCACUGACGGGUCUCAAGAAUAUGUGUGGUCGAAUCCUUGGCUCCAAUACGAUCAUUCAGGGCGCAUUGCCAGAUAUUUUGACCAAGACACCGCAGAGCUACUUCGACGGAGUAAUUGAUGUGCUUUACUCGAAUGCCCAAUUGGCAUACAAAUUGUUGAAGCAAGUGCGCGGUAUAAACCCGAUAAUGCCAAACGGAGCCAUGUACAUGAUGAUUGGGGUCUGCAUUGAACGUUUUCCGGAAUUCAAGGACGAUACACAUUUUGUACAGGAGCUGGUUAACGAGCAGAGCGUCUUUUGUCUUCCUGGCAGCUGUUUUGAGUAUCCGGGUUAUGUGCGCAUUGUUCUUACGGUACCAUCGACCAUGAUCGAGGAAGCUUGCGUCCGAAUCGCUGAGUUCUGUGAGGCUCACUUUAAAAAGGAGAGUCGGGCUCUCAUCGAGCAUAACUUACUGGAUGACGCACAUGUCGACUAUUGAAUUGAGUUGAUCGUACCUUGCAUUUUUAUAUACAAAUAUCAAUAACUGGGCGCAUUUUUUGGUUAUGCGACAAUUACUUUUUUAUAUCCCAUACAUAAAUACAUACUUAGCC